CUGCUGCAUUUUUGCCCUUCCGGCACCUUAUCUUUAUAUCUAUUUUUAUUUUUGAAUGCAUAUAAAUUUAUUAAGGUCGUGCUGCAUUAAUUUCUGGUCUAAAAUGUCAACCUGUUACCACAAAUUCUUUUUUUUUUCGUUUACUUUUAUCAGAGAUCUAGGAUCUAGGACGUUUUUCUGCACAGACUCCAUUGGUAAGUAAUUGCACCAUAUAUUGAAAAUGAUUAAUAACGCAUGUAGUAUUAUCCUGUUGGAUUAACGAUUUAUUGAAUAUUUGUAUUCGAUAUUCUUUAUAUCUUCUCUAUUUUAUCGAUAUUCAAUAAAUCGUUAAUCCAACAGGAUAAUACUACAUGCGUUAUUAAUCAUUUUCAAUAUAUGGUACAAUUACUUACCAAUGAAGUCUGUGCAGAAGAACGUCCUAGAUCCGUUCUGUUAUAUUUUGUGUCUGAAUCAAUAUUUGACACAUUUUUCAUUUGGUUAUUAAGUUGUCCUGAAUAUGUACAUGAAUUAAAAUAUCAUCAAUUACGAUUUUUGGGAUAUUUAUCAAGUCGUUCAAGACAUAAACUUUUAUUUCAUAAACAAAUUUUUGAACCAUUGUUAAAUUUAUUGAAAUGGUGUGAGUCAUCAUCAUGCAUUGAUUUAAUCGAAAAACAUAGGAUCGUUGUACUAAAUCAAAUUGCUCAUCCAUCAAUUGGUCAUCAUUUAAUACAAUAUGUUUAUCAUGGAUUUCUUGUUCCCGUCAUUGGAGCAGCUAUUUAUCAAGUAUGA